CAUGCCUGUUGUGAAAAAACAAGGAACUCAAGAGCUACAGUAUGUUACGCUAUGCACAAAUGUCUUUUUCUUUUCUUUUCUUUUAAAAAUACCAGAAGACAAAUGUAAUUAUCAGUAAUGGCAGCUUGCAAAGCUUCUAAGUACAUUUUGUUCAUAUGCUGCUACCUAUUCUGGGUUGCCAGUUGGGUUAUGGUUGCUGUUGGCAUCUAUGCUAAAGUAGCCAAGGAAAACGAUGUCGUGGAUACUUUGGCAACAGAUCCGGCUCUCCUGUUGAUCUCUGUAGGAUCCCUUACAUUCAUCAUAACAUUCUUUGGGUGUUUCGGAGCACUGCGAGAUAGUGCCAUACUGCUGAAAAUGUUUUUAGGAAUUUUAACAGUCAUCUUGUUCCUGCAAAUCAGUGCUGCAGUUCUGGGCUUUCUCUUCUCAGACAUGGUUCUUGAGAGGACAGAAUUGUUCAUGAAGAAAGCCACUGUAUUAUAUCGAGAGGACAUGGAUUUAGAAAAUGCAAUUGACUUUGUGCAGAAAAAGUUCCUGUGUUGUGGAGUGAAUUAUUACUCAGACUGGUCUCAGAAUGCAUAUUUCAACUGCUCUGUGAAUAACCCCAGUCUAGAAGCCUGUGGUGUGCCUUUUUCCUGCUGUGUACGACAGCGGAAUGAGACUGUGUUCAAUUCCAUGUGUGGUUACAAAACUCAGGGAAUGGAUGAAUCCUACAUAAAGGAACGCAUUUAUAUCAACGGCUGCCUGAAGAUAAUAGUGCAGUGGGGGAAGCAGAACCUGUUGCUGGUUGGAGGGAUCAGCAUUGGCUUGCUCUGCCUCGAGAUAUGCAUGAUCUCAUUGGCAGCUGUUCAGCUCAGACAAAUCCAGCAAGAGGAAAAGCAAAAGGACACAAAUACCGUACCGAAGAAGACGUGAUUUUGAACUCUUGCCAAAUAUCUAAACAUAUUCCUGGUAUAAUCGUUUCAUUAUAUAUACGCAGUACAUCUGAAAUAGCACACACAAGCAUGCACAGACAUAUAUAAGAACCUCUACUGUGAACUCUCUUCAAGUAGAAGAUGCUUAUUAAAUAUUUAGGCUGUGAUUAAACUUGUGAAACAUACAGUGUUAAUAUAUGAAUGUUGGGAUUAAUGUUCAUUUUGUAAGAAAAGAAAAGAUUAUAACAUGCUUUUUAAACAUCAAUUAAACACAUUUUCAAUA